AUGGAACUCCUCGAUCUUCCCAACGAACUUCUUUUUGAAAUCAUCCAACUUCUGGAAUAUGGCUGGGAUUUGACGGCGUUUGGCGUGACUAAUCGUCACCUUCAUGGGCUAGUUAGCACAUAUUUGUACCAACAGACACUUCCUAACUGCAGCGAUGCAGUAUUGCAGUGGAUUGUUGAAAAGGGCAAUGAAGAUGCAUUCGCCCAAUGCCUGAAGGCCAAUAUCCUGGCAUACGUGGACAAGCGAACUACCUCGAUGUUACCGCGGAAAGCAAUAUCGCUCGGACAGGAUCGAAUACUUGAACUUCUCAUCAAGAAUGGCAUCAGUUCCUUUCAUGAUGAGGGGGGAACUGGCCCGCGCGCCGACCUUCGGCGCUACUGGGAUACACUUCUUUUCUAUGCUGGGAGGAAGGGUCACAUAGCAGUCGCACGGAUUUUAAUUGCGUAUGGAAUGGACAGCUUUGAUUCCCCAAGAAACAAAUCACUACUUUUGUCUGCUGCGUCCAGCGGAGAUCUUGAAAUGAUAAGAUACCUAUUGGAGGAGGUGGGCUUGAGCCCGAAUCAACAAAGCAACGGUGGCUAUACAGCAUUAGCCUCCGCUGCUAGUUCGGGUCAAGCACGAGCUGUAACGCUCUUGCUUGAACAUGGGGCAAAUCCAAACCUGCGGAUGCGGGGCGAGGGGCUGCCCCUUACGAUUGCGGCCGAGCAAGGUCAUAUCGAAGUUGUUCGAGUUUUGCUUGCACACGGCACCAACGUGAACCCCGUUCCAGGUGAAGAGCUCCCUAUCUACUCGGCAAUGGGCACAAUUGGAGGAAACAAGAUGGCCAUGACACGCCUUAUUGCCGAUAAUAUGGAUCUCGAUUUGCUUCGGACGAGAUACGAAAAUCAGGUGACGCUCCUGACUAUUGCCGCCGCUCUUGGUAAAGAUGGACUUGUCCAAGAGCUACUACAGGAAGAUUGCUAUCCAGAUGAUGAAUGGAUAGAUGGGGUCCUCUUUCACCAUGUGGGGUCUCAAGGACCACUAGAAUGGGCUGCUGAGGCAGGACACGACUCGGUGGUCAAGCUACUACUCCAGUACGGUAUCGACGGGAACUUUCAAAAGCCGUUGGUGCUUGCCUUGAAAAAUGGACAUCCUCGUGUCGCCAAAAUAUUGCUUGAUAGAUAUGUGGAGCAGUUUCGGAGAACAAGCUGGUUUGACGAACUAUUGCUUUCCGCAUUAGAAAAUGACGAAUGCUUCGAGCUCUUACUGGACCACGGGGCCAACCCUACUGGCAUUUGGAACGAGGGUGAGCAUUUGAACCAACAUGUGCUCGAGUCAGGGCGCCCGGCACUAGCUCAAGCGUUGGUCCGCCGAGGUUUUCCACUUGAAUUACCAGUCUCAUCUGAAGGGAACAGAGGAGGGGCCACGUUGUUAUCUGCUACCCGUGGAGGUGUCCCGAUGCUCGAAACCCUUUUGCAAAAUGGAUUCGAUUUUGGAGCCGCUAGCCAUGAUGAUAUACAAGGCGCGAUACGCGACUCGAUUCGACGAGAAGACGUCCCCGUUGCUAGUUUCUUCUUGAAUCGAGGCUUCAGGCUCGAUAACGAUGAUCUACUUCCGGGGUGCAUAGCCCACGCCGCCCGUCUUAACAGUUCAGACUCCCCCUCUGAAAUGCUACUUGAUACUCUGUUGAGAGGUGGAGUGGACAUAAAUACUCGAGGUGAACACCAGCGUACCUGUAUCUGGAACUCUAUCUCCGAUUACCAUGCCAACCAGCUGGACGUCCUUCUCCAGAGGGGUGCAGAUCCCCGCCUUCGAGACGAAAAUGGAGAGACUCCUUUGAUAUUUGCCGCGACACGAACCCCCCAGCUUAUUUGCUAUGAGAAUUAUGUUCAAACCAUCCUUGAAUGGUUCGAUCUCCAUUGGGCUGAGCAAUCGUCCGAGGAAUUGUACCGGGAGCUAACAAAGGCAGAAACUGGAGCGUUAACUCAUGGUAAUCGAAAGAUAGCUAGAGUUCUGCAGCGAUUUCGACGUGUUCAUUUCGAUCGAGUGUGA